AUGACUUCUACAUCCCUUCAGGGCCUCGAAGCCCUUCUCCAGUCUCUGGGAGUAUCGACUCCAAUACCGCAGCUUCCGCGCACCAAUGUCCUCUCUACUCCAACGGACAUCUAUCGCUCGUAUAUCGCAGAGGCAUUCCAAAAGCUUGUAGAAUGCGACGAAGACACCGCGUACGAUGCCAUUCAAUGGGCCAAUGCUGCGACAAAUGCCGAUUUGAUGCUUGUAACUGCGCGUCUGAAGCUGAAGGGAAUCAACCCAAAGCAACUCGCCCAGGAUAUAGUCUCAAAGUUCCCAUCUACUCCGUUGUUAAACCCGCCAGUUGCUAAUGGGAUAUUCGUCCCCCUCUCGUUCUCACCAGAUACACUGCCAAAUCUAAUAUUACCUUUCAUCUUUGACCGUCGAGCUUCGUAUGGAUCAAACCAGCUUCAGGGCCUCCAGGAUCCUAAAGACGAAAGCUCCGGCAAGAAAAAAGUCAUCGUUGAGUUCUCCUCUCCAAACAUCGCAAAGGAAUUCCAUGCUGGCCAUUUGCGGAGCACGAUCAUCGGCGCAUACAUUUCCAACCUGUAUGAGAGCAUGGGCUGGGAUGUGGUCAGAGUGAACUACCUGGGCGACUGGGGCAAACAGUUUGGUUUGCUCGCAGUUGGAUGGCAGAGAUUUGGAUCUGAGGAGCUCUUUGCAAAGGAGCCAUUGAAGCAUCUCCUUGAAGUAUACGCGAAGAUCAACUCGCUAUUUGCGCCUGAGAAGGAAGCCAGUGAACAGGCUCGGGAUAGGGGAGAAGAUACCUCUGAGAUUGAAAGCAAGGGCCUCUUUGCAGAGAGAAAUGCAUUUUUCCAGAAAAUGGAGGACGGAGACCCCGAUGCUAUUGCGUUAUGGAAACGGUUCCGUGAUGUCAGUAUCGAGCGAUAUAUCUCGACUUAUGCUCGGCUCAAUAUCAAAUUCGAUGUUUAUUCUGGGGAAUCAACUGUGAAAGCACUGACAGUCGAGAAAGCAGAGUUACUUCUCAAAGAGAAGGGGGUCUAUACUGAAGAUAACGGCACAUGGAUCAUCGACUUCAAAAAGCAUGGUGCCCCUAAUCUGGGGAUUGCGGUCGCUAGAACCCGAAUCGGUACUACGACCUACUUACUCCGUGAUGUUGCAGCUGUCUUGGAGAGAGUUGAGAAGUACCAGUUUGACAAAAUGAUCUAUGUCGUCUCUACCGAGCAGGAUCUCUACUUCCAGCGCCUCUUCAAAACAAUUGAACUCAUGGGAUACCCUGACGUGGCCGCUAAACUCGAACAUGUUAACUUUGGAAAAGUCCAAGGGAUGUCAUCUCGACUGGGUACUGUCAAGAUAUUGAGUGAUAUCCUAGAUGAAUGUGGCAGCGCCAUGCACAACGUCAUGCGAAAGAACCCUACUAAAUACGAUCAAAUUGAGAAGCCAGCUGAAGUCGCAGAUAUCCUUGGAAUCACGGCAGUUAUGGUUCAGGAUAUGGCCGGGAAAAGAAUCCAUAACUAUCCAUUCGACAUUGCCAAGAUGACCUCCUUUGAAGGCGAUACAGGGCCGUAUCUGCAAUAUGCCCAUGCAAGACUGUGUUCCAUUGUUCGCAAGGUUGAUAUUGACCCCCAGGAGAUUACAACUGCGAACUUCUCUCUCUUGAAAGAGCCACAUGCUAUUAACAUUCUUCGGCUCAUGGCUCAGUAUCCCGACGUUACAUGCAACGCUUUAAAAACAUUAGAGCCAACCACGACCCUAACAUAUCUCUUCCGGCUAGCACAUCAAGUCUCCUCAGGGUAUGAUGUGAUCAAAGUGAUUGGUGCUGAAAGUCAUGAGGUGACUGUGGCCCGUCUAGCUCUGUAUGAAGGUGCCCGACAGGUGCUCGAAAAUGGCAUGCGCUUGCUAGGGUUUUCACCUGUUAAAAGAAUGUAA